GAAAUUAUUAUGUUUCAAUAAAUAAAAACGCUAAAAAGUAGAAGUAAAUAAAUAAACAAUCAAUAAAAAAAGAUGAAAUUAACGCAGUUCGAUUUAUUUUCUUCUGAAUUUUACUUUAACUUAGAAGGAUAAAAUCAUAAGAAAGGUACUCUAUAAGGUGUCAUAUUAACAAUAUUAUCUUAUUCUUUAAUCCUUACUUACUUUGUAUAUUUAUGCAAUCAAUAUUUAAAUAAUUCAAUUGAUCCCUAAUUUAGAUCACAAAGUUUUGUUUCUAGCAUUAGAAAAGAGAUCCCAUUGACUGAAGAUAUUAUUGGAUUUAACUUUUAUUACAAUACUAGUUUAACUAUUGAUAAGUUUCAAAUGUUACAGAAUAAAACUUAUUUAGUUUUCAUGCCAUUCUUGUAUUACUAGGAUAAAUUGAAUCAUAUUUAUGAAUAAAUUAAUUUAAACAUAACUGAAUGCAGUAGCCCUUAAUUGAAAGAUUAAAAUUGUAUUGACAUGUCUUAAAUAAAUAACUAUACACUCGUAUUAGAUUAAUCUAAUAAAGUUAUAUCUUAAGUUUUUAUCAAUGUCUACGGUUGCCUAGAUUUGGAUGAAUUUAAAACAACAAUACCAGAUAAUUGUGCCACUUAAAGCGAAAUUGAUGCUAUUAUAAAUGGAUUUUAUUCUGGUUUUAGUAUGUUUCUUAAAACUUAAUAAUACAACACAACUUCAAAGCAGAUUCAGACUGAUUAUAGGUAUAUUGAAAUAUUUGGGAUAUCAAGCUAGUUCAUUUUAAGUUCAUUAAAGACUUAAAUGCAAAAUACUUAAGUAAAACAAGGUUUGGUAAUUUAAGAACAAUAGUCUUAUUCUACUGCUAUACAGUAUGAUUAGACAAUCUAAAGCUUUGAUAGGUAGAUCUCUUUAUAAUAAAGUAUUGGGCCUUACAUUCAAGUAGCAAUUUAAAUGGAUGAAAUUGUGUAAUUUACUAAAAUCUAAUAUCCUACUAUAACAUAAAUUUUGGCAUUGGCUAAUAGUAUAGGUCUCAUAGCAAUUAUUUGUAAAACUAUUGCAAGAUUCCUAUCUUAAAAUAUUAUCAAGGAAGACUUUUUUAUUUUAAUUAUGAGAAAUUUAUUUUAAGAAAAAUACUAAUAAGUAUUAUAGCAUAAUAAUUUGAUAAAUAAAUGCGACUUAAAAAUACAAAUUUAAAGUAGGGAAGAAGAUAUCCCUGAUGAAAUUUUAGAAUUUUAAAAUAAAACCAACAUAAAUUUGCCUAAUUUUUAAUCUAAUUUUAUGGAAAAAAGAAAGAAAAUUAGUCCAUAUUAGUAAAAUAGCAAUAUCAGUUUUUAAAAAUAGAGAUUUUUAUUUGAUGAGGAAAGUGAAUAUAAAAUUUUUAAUGGCCCAGGCUCUAUAUCUUCACUCAAGAGCUAACAAAAUCAUUCAAAAAAUUAUACAAAAAUAACUAAGUUUGAUAAAAUUGAUACAAUUUCAUAAAACGAAUCAAUUCAAUCAUCUAAAAUGAAUAGCAAAUUAUAUUCCAAGAAUGACUAAAGUCCAAUCUAAAGAAAACCUAUAAAUAAAAAACAAGAUACAUCUAAAAAUAAUAAAAGAACUGAAUUUAAGAAAUCAGAAACAAAAUAAUCUUACGGAGAUAUAAUUUCUUAAAAGCUGAAAGUUAUGAGACAUGGUUCGAUGAAAAAAGCAGUGUAAAAGAUGAUGUUUAAAUUUAAAUGUUGCAAAGCUUAGGAAUUUUUAAAAUCUUAAGGCAUCGAGUAAAAGUAAAAAGAAAAAAUAUUUACAGAAGUAUAAAAGAAUUUAAAUAUUAAUGAGCUCUUUAAGGAUAUUUUAUUUUUGAAGAAAGCAAUAAGCAUGAUUCUCAGUUUAGACUAAAUAGCCGCAGUAUAACUGAUAGGCCUGACAGAUAAUUAUAUGAAUCUUGAUUUAGAAAGCACAUCUUCAAAAGUUAAUUUUUAAAAGCAGAGAAAAAAAUUAAACCAUUUUGAGAAAUAUUAUUCAAUAUUAUAAAACGAGGAAUUAUAAAUUGAUUAUAUAGAGUAAUUCCUACUAAAAUGUGUUGAAGAUGAUAAUUUAAAUGAUAUUGAUUAAAGGAUAUUUUAAUCAAUAACUAAAAAUAAUUGACUCAAUAUUUUUAUAUGUUAAUUUUAUUUUUAGUAUUUUUAUCAUAAUUAAUUUUUAGCCU